AACUCUAUCUCAAGCAUGGGUGUUACCAAGGAGACGACCAAGGCCGGCGACGGCGAGACGUUCCCCAAGACGGGAGACACGGUGGUGAUGCACUACGUGGGCACGCUCAAGGCCGACGGGUCGCAGUUCGACUCGUCGCGUGAUCGUGGCAAGCCCUUCACCUUUGUCGUCGGCAUUGGGGCUUGCAUCCGUGGCUUUGACGAGGGCGUCAUGCAGAUGUCGCUUGGUGAGCGUGCUGUCCUCACAAUGACCUCGGACUACGGCUACGGCGCGUCAGGAGCCGGCCAGGCUAUUCCGCCCAACGCAGAUCUGGUCUUUGAUGUCGAGUUGCUCAAGGUCAACGAGGCCGGCUCGGGUGCAAGUGCUGGCGGCUCAUGCGUGCUACUCUGAUGCUCUUCGGCUAUCGCUUCUGUUGUCGUCUACUCCCUUUCAUCAAGCCGGGAUUCUGCUUGAUGACGAGCUGGCUUGGCACUUGAUGGUUCAAGCUUCUCCCACACUUGCGCAACACCGGCAUUGAACACUUCUUCCUCUUC